CGCAGUGCGCGCAGAGCACAGACCACAGCGAGCCGCAGCUCAGCUAUUAACACGAUUGCUUUCACACACUCACCCGUCACUGAAACCACAGCUCAGCUAUUAACACGAUUGCUUUCACACACUCACCCGUCACUGAAACCACAGCUCAGCUAUUAACACGAUUGCUUUCACACACUCACCCGUCACUGAAACCACACCGCGGUAUGUACUCCAGGAUUGAUGGAACGAGGAGAGGAAGGUCUUUCGACUCUAUGAACACAGCCUUCGAAGAAAAGCAACUCAGCAAUGAGAUAAACAAGUCCAACUUCUGCAAAAUCGAAGAGAAUAAAGAGAAUAAGAUCACCUCCUUGGACCGGGGGAGGGCAGCGGUAGUUUUCUCACUGAAGAAUGAGGUUGGCAGACUGGUGAAGGCUUUAAAGCUCUUUCAGGAGAAACAUGUAAACCUGGUGCACAUUGAGUCCCGUAAGUCCAAACGACGGAGCUCAGAGUUUGAGAUCUUCGUGGACUGCGACAGCAACCGGGAGCAGCUGAACGAGAUCAUCCAGCUCCUCUGCUCUCACGUCAACAUCGUGUCCAUGGACCCGCCGGACAACUCCAGCUUCCCUGACGAUGUUAUGGAGGGUGUGCCGUGGUUUCCCAAGAGGAUCUCUGAUUUAGAUAAAUCUGCGAAUCGGGUGCUGAUGUAUGGAUCUGAUCUGGAUGCAGAUCACCCUGGUUUUAAAGAUAAUGUCUACCGAAAGAGGAGGAAGUAUUUUGCAGACCUGGCAAUGAGCUACAAAUGCGGCGAUCCCAUUCCUCGGAUUGAGUUCACAGAGGAGGAGGUGCAGACGUGGAGGACGGUCUUUCAGGAGCUCCACAAGCUCUACCCCAACCACGCCUGCCAGGAGUACCUGAAGAACCUGCCGCUGCUCUCCAAGCACUGCGGCUUCCGCGAGGACAACAUCCCGCAGCUUGAGGACGUCUCGCGCUUCCUCAAGGAACACACUGGUUUUACUAUCCGGCCCGUGGCGGGGUACCUGUCUCCUCGAGAUUUCCUGGCAGGGUUGGCGUUCCGAGUUUUCCACUGCACUCAGUACGUGCGGCACAGCUCCGACCCGCUCUACACACCCGAGCCGGACACCUGUCACGAACUGCUGGGUCACGUUCCCCUGCUGGCCGAGCCGAGCUUCGCCCAGUUCUCCCAGGAGAUUGGACUGGCUUCUCUCGGGGCCUCGGAUGAGGCUGUGCAGAAACUGGCAACGUGCUACUUCUUCACAGUGGAGUUCGGCCUGUGCAAGCAGGAGGGGCAGCUCAGAGCCUAUGGGGCCGGGCUGCUGUCCUCAAUCAGUGAACUCAAACACGCUCUCUCCGGGAAGUCCAAAGUGAAGCUGUUCGACCCCAGGGUCACCUGCAAACAAGAGUGCAUCAUCACCACCUUCCAGGAUGUCUACUUUGUGUCAGAAAGCUUUGAGGAAGCCAAGGAGAAAAUGAGAGAGUUUGCAAAGACCAUCAAGCGGCCGUUCAGUGUGCGCUACAACCCCUACACACAGAGCGUGGAGAUCCUGAAGGACACCGAGAGCAUCACCGCCGUGGUGAAGGAUCUGCGGCACGAACUGGACAUCGUCAACGAUGCCCUCAUCAGGAUGAACAAGCAGCUGGGGGUCUGACCCCAUCCCUCUCUCUCCUCCCUCCUCCCUGCCCCUCCUCCUGUAACAUCCCUGCCCCUCUUCCGGCUCUGGCACUGUAAUCGGAAUCUCUUCUUUUCCCUUCCUCUAUCUUCAUAGCAUACACAGCUGUUGCUGAUGGGCACCUUAAAAAGGGGGUGCAGUUCAGCCCCAAUCUUUAUUUUUUGAAUACCCGUAAAGUUUUUAUAGGCCAGUAUAUUAGCAUGCAGAUAUACAUAUUUAAUAUAA